AGCAGCAGGACAGCCUUGGGUUUAGGUCAGCGAGCGCGAGAACCGCCACCCUCCGAGGCGCGGGUCUCGGGAAGGCUCCGGGCGGGAGCACACGCCGCGCCCACGGCGCCCCGGCCCGCUCGCCACGCCCACUUCCUGCCCCAUCCCGCGCCUUUCCAGGUCCCUCUGCCGGUGAACCGGAUGCUCCGUCAGUCUCCUCCUCUGCGUCCUCGGCCGCUGCCCGGGUCCCUCGCGAAGCCGCUGCAGCCCCCGAGGGCCCAGCCAGAGGGCUCCCGGAGGCCGGCCGGGCAGGCGUGGUGCGGUGGGAGCUGGGCGCGCACGGCUACCGCGCGUGGAGGAGACACUGCCCUGCCACGAUGGGGGGCCGGGGCGCUCCUUCACGCCGCAGGCAGGCGGGGCGGCGGCUGCGGUACCUGCCCACCGGGAGCUUUCCGUUUCUCCUCCUGCUGCUGCUCCUCUGCAUCCAGCUUGGAGGAGGACAGAAGAAAAAAGAGAAUCUUUUAGCUGAAAAAGUAGAACAACUGAUGGAAUGGAGUUCCAGACGCUCAAUCUUCCGAAUGAAUGGUGAUAAAUUCCGAAAAUUUAUAAAGGCACCGCCUCGAAACUACUCUAUGAUCGUUAUGUUCACUGCUCUUCAACCUCAGCGGCAGUGUUCUGUAUGCAGGCAAGCUAAUGAAGAAUAUCAAAUACUGGCUAACUCCUGGCGCUAUUCCUCUGCUUUUUGUAACAAACUCUUCUUCAGUAUGGUGGACUAUGAUGAGGGAACAGAUGUUUUUCAACAGCUCAACAUGAACUCUGCUCCUACAUUCAUGCAUUUUCCUCCAAAAGGCAGACCAAAGAGAGCUGAUACUUUUGACCUUCAAAGAAUUGGAUUUGCAGCUGAACAACUAGCAAAGUGGAUUGCUGACAGAACGGAUAUUCACAUUCGGGUUUUUAGACCACCCAACUACUCUGGCACCAUUGCUUUGGCUCUGUUAGUGUCACUUGUUGGUGGUUUGCUUUAUUUGAGAAGGAACAACCUGGAGUUCAUCUAUAAUAAGACUGGUUGGGCCAUGGUGUCUCUGUGUAUAGUCUUUGCUAUGACUUCUGGCCAGAUGUGGAAUCAUAUUCGUGGACCUCCAUAUGCUCAUAAGAACCCACACAAUGGGCAAGUGAGCUACAUUCAUGGGAGCAGCCAGGCUCAAUUCGUGGCAGAGUCACACAUUAUUCUGGUACUGAAUGCUGCUAUCACCAUGGGGAUGGUUCUUCUAAAUGAGGCAGCAACUUCCAAAGGAGAUGUUGGAAAAAGACGGAUAAUUUGCCUAGUUGGAUUAGGCCUGGUGGUCUUCUUCUUCAGUUUUCUACUUUCAAUAUUUCGUUCCAAGUACCAUGGCUAUCCUUAUAGUGAUCUGGACUUUGAGUGAGAAGAUGUGAUUUGGACCAUGGCACUUAAAAACUCUAUAACCGCAGCUUUUUAAUUAAAUGAAGCCAAGUGGGAUUUGCAUAAAGUGAAUGUUUACCAUGAAGAUAACUGUUCCUGACAUUAUGUUAUUUUGAAUUCUUAAGUUCAUUUCUUUGUGAUUGUAAUUAGCUUAUUCUUGUACUUUUUUUAAAAUGUGGGUUUUUCCUAGUAAAUUUAAUUUAUAGAAAUGGAUGGUAACAUUUAAUAAUCCACAAAGGAAACAUGGAAGUGUUUCUCAAGCCUAUUAUAUUCAGCGUAUGCCACAGAUUUGAAAUAAAUGACAAAUGUAAUAAUGAAUUCAUGUUUUAGAAUUGUUCACUCAUUAGUAAAAGAAAUCACAAUGUUAGUAAAGGAAACCUAUGAAAUGUAUGUUAAAGAUUCUUAGUAUUGUACAGGGAUAAAGCAUAUGCAUGAAAAUACUGAAAAUUAUACUUGCUGCCGUUCCAGUUAUAAAGGACAUGCACUGUUA